AUGUCUGCGAACGGAACUAAGCGCCUAAGAACGGAGGGCCCCCCGGGGGAAGGAACUAAGAAGCAGAAGACUUUGAUGGAGUUUUUUGGUGGUAAGAAAGUUUCCCCAGCGAAGAAGAAGACAGAUGCGACUACAGCUAAAGUCUUGGACACUGGGACGGUGGCAGCGGCAAUCCCAAAGCGCGAUGGAGCAAGCUUACAUCAAAUUGGUCAGCAAGACAAAUCAGAAUUUAGAAAAAGUCUCACAGAACGCCAGUUGAAGCUGCUAGGGCUUGAAUUGGACACAUUGGAUGACGAGUGGUUUGCCAAGCUGGUUUCAGAAUUCACGAAGCCAUAUUUUCUCAAAUUGAAAGAUUUCGUUAUUGAGCAACAGCAAACCGCCACGGUCUUUCCGCCUCCGCAAGAUGUCUACUCUUGGAGCAGGCUAACACCUUUCGAUCAGGUUCGUGUUGUGGUUAUUGGGCAAGACCCAUACCAUAAUUUCAAUCAGGCGCAUGGCUUGGCUUUCAGUGUUAAACCACCAACUCCGGCUCCACCUUCCUUAAAGAACAUUUACAAAGAGCUCAAAGAGCACAAUUACGCGGAUUUCCAAAUUGACAACAAAGUCGGAGACUUGACCCACUGGGCCACCCAGGGUGUUCUACUGCUCAAUACAUGCCUUACGGUAAGGGCGCACAACGCUAAUUCACACUCAAAGAGAGGUUGGGAACAGUUUACGAAGCGCGUCGUCCAGCUUAUUAUUGAGGACCGGAAACGUUCUGGAAAACCGAUAGUGUUCUUGCUUUGGGGCAGCAACGCGGGAAACUUGGUUAAGGGGCUUUUGGGCAGCCCCCCUGUGAACUUCCUGAUGCUGAGCUCUGUCCAUCCAUCGCCACUUUCUGCGAGCAGAGGUUUUUUCGGUAACAAGCACUUCAAGAAGAUAAAUGAAUGGCUAUACGACAGAAACGAGCCAAUGAUAGACUGGAGCGUAGUACCGGGUUCGAAAAUCAAAGAGAUUGAGAAUAAGAAUCUAGUAUUGGACAUUUGA